UGAAAUUUUUUCUAAUCUUAUUAAACAAUAAGUAAACUUCUAUUUAUUUCUAUAAACAUUUUAGUUUUAACACCAUGAGACAACAUGAAAGUAUGCGUAUAAGCAAGUUUACUUUAUUUUUAGUGCUAACUUUUACUGUAGCAUUUACAGUUGCAUUAUACUUUAGCGAUAUACAUUGGGUGUAUUCAAAAAUUUUAGAAAGAAGCCAAACAUCAUUUUUUAAAAAAAUAAAUGGAAGUAAUGAAACGAACUUGUUUAUUAAAAAUAAAAAUUUGCAUGGAACACAAGAAAAGCAUUGGUGGCGUAAUGAAAAUCAAGUACAAAACACACAAUCAUAUCAGAUUUAUAAAAGCAACUAUUAUUACAAACGUUCAGCACGUGACCAACAGCAAAAAGUACACAAAAUUAAUAAACAACUGAGCGAGAAAGAACCACAACAACUGCAUAAAACAGGUACAGGAAAAAAUCUAAAGCAUGUAGAAAAAAAUGAAGGAAAUAAGACGCAAAAUAAUAAAAAUAAAACGUUCUAUCAAAUACUAUCAAACAAAAAUUCGCAGGCACAAAACGUUACAAAUGAAAUCCAAAAAAAAAAUGUAAGCAACAAAAAUCAAAAUGUUUCAACACAAAUAAUAAAAAAUAAAUGUGAAAACAAGAAAGUUUUUAUUUGGACGAUUGGUCGAUCAGGUUCAACGUUAAUGGGAAAUUUGUUAAACAGUCAUCCAGAUGUGCUUUAUUAUAAUGAACCAAUACAUCGUUUUAACAAAAUAAAAAGAAAAGAGUUAUCUUUUUCAGCUAUAUCAAAGAUUAACUCAAUUUUCAGUCAAUCAUUCAAAACCAACACAUGCAAUCACAUUAUUAUAAAAGAAUUACAUCAAAGGCUACCAGGGGGGCUAAUAGACAUUUCCGCUAAUUUAAAAGAUACUAUUAAAUUUAUACAUCUUAUAAGAGACCCUAGAGCGGCUUUAAAUUCUAUGGUCAAUUUGAAAUGGUUUAAAAGUACUAACUUACCUGUCGUUGCUGCAAAACUUUGUGAAGCAACUUUAAGAGAUGUUAAAUUUGGUCAAGCUCACAUGAAUCAAAGUGUAUAUUAUAUGAUAAAAUACGAGGAGUUAUGCACAAACCUUACCCAAAAUGUUAUAGCUCUUUUGAACUUUACUCAACUCAAAGAAAGUUCUCAGGUUAAUGACCGUAUCAUAAAAAUUCAACAAGCAAAAAAUGAAAGCAGUAACCCUUAUGAUACACAAAAAAAUCUUAAAUCACACAUAUUCAACUGGAGAAAAAGUAUAAAUAUAAGUGUUGUCAAUACCAUUGAAAUCCAUUGUUCUGAAAUGUUAAAUAACUUAGGCUAUAAACUGGUAAAUGGAAAUAUGGAACUUCUUAGAAAUCUGUCAAUACCUUUGCAUUAGAAAUAUAAUAAUCACAAAAUAAAAGGGUUUUUAAGAAAAAUUACAAAAAAUUUUGUUUAAUAUCUAAACGUUCUUUAUUGAAAUAUAUAGUUUUCUAUAAA